AUGUUUGGCUUCUUCGGUAGAGGUAAUAAUUCAAAACAACGGAAUAAUGCUCCAACUAAGAGCACUGCCGAGUAUGAACCACCUUUGGGAACAGCUGCUUCUUCGUCACCUUCUUCUAUAAAUCAACAAAAUCAAGGAGAUGAAUUGUUUGGAGGAAUGACAGUACAUUCAAGCAACUACGGAAAUACUUCUACUUACUCUACAUCAUCCGGAAGUUCUUCUAGACUCAGUAGCCACAGAGAAGUCACACCAACAGUUUCAACUCACGAUACUGGAUCUUCUUUUUCUUUUAUUAACGAUGAUGAUACAACAACCUCUGCAACAACACCUCAAGAUGAACCUGAAAAUAUUCAACCAAUUCCUGGUCAAAUUAAAAUCAAUCGAUCUGUAGGAAAAGGAAGAAGAAAGAAUGCAAAAAAUAGCAAGGUUGAUGAAGAAUUAAAACAAUUGGAUCAAACAAGUGAUGAAUUGGAUAGAGAAUAUUCAAUGGCUCAAAAAACAUUUUCAAACAUUGAAAAUAAUAUUAAGUUGAAUCACAGCUCUCAAUUAACAACACACAUUCAAUCAAAUAACAAUAGUAAUACUAAUGAGGAUGAGGAACAAGAUGAUUCUACAAUUUCAUCAUUUCUGAAGACUACUGAGGAUGAGGAACCAAAAUUAAAACCAUCACCAGUAGUUGCAGAACCAAGAAAAUCCUCAAGCCCUUCUGAUGAUAUUGAUUUUGCUUCUUUACAAGUCAAGCCAAGAAGACUUGAUAGAGGUAGUUCAAGUUCUGAAGUUGGUUCUGCUUCAACUCCUGUAGCUUCUACUCCUGUAAAGCAUAUUGAAAGUCCAGUUGUUACAUCAAUCAAGGAGGAAAAACCAACAAGAAGAGAUUCCUUCAAAUCGGAAACUAUUGAGGAGGAAAAGGAAACAGUAGAUAAUGAUUGGAUAAACAUCAAGUCUACAAUUAAUUCAUCUCUUACAAAAUAUUCAACUAGAAUUUCAAAAUUGCUUGAUGAAGAACAAAAGAAGAUUGAUGAAAAGAAGGAGAACCAAUUCUCUCUUCUUCAAGAAAAAAUUCAAUCUCUCGAACAAUUACUUGAUGAAUAUACUGAACAGGAAGAAUUCGAGAAGGCUGAACAAAUUGAACAAGAAUUAACAGAGUUGAGAACAAAAAUUGAAGAAAUUCAAGUGACCGAGAAAAAUAACGAUUCUUAUAUUUCUGCAAUUUCUAAGACUUUGACUGAAAUGAAGAAGGAAAUCAAUCUUGUUUACUCAAGAGUUGAUUUCUCAUUUACAACAACAAAGAAGGAUUAUGAUGACUUUUUAAAGAAAAAUAAUCCAUUGAAGGAAUUACGUCGUGAAAGAUUAGAAUCAGAAACUAAUCGUAUCAAGAGAAUGGGUGAAAGCAUUAAAUUGGAAGAGAAUGAAUUCCAAAAGAGAAAGACAAGAAUUACUGACCAAAUUGAUUAUUCUACAAAGGAUUUGAGAAUUCAAGAAGAUAAUUUAAGAGAUCAAAAUGAAGAAAUCUCUAGAGAAAUUGCUGAACUUGAAAGAAAGUUGAAAGAAAAGAGAGCAGAACAAAAGACUGUUCUUUCUUUACUUAGUGAUGUUACAGACAAAAUCAAGAAGUAUGAGGAAGAUUUUAAUGAACAACUCAAGUUGAUAUCUUAUGAUGAGGAACAAUUCCAAAAGAGAAAGCAAAAUUAUUUGGAUGAUGUUGAUUCGUUUGAAAAACUUUCUGCAACUCUUAAUAAGGACUUGACCAAUAUUGAAACCAAAGAAACCAAGAAAUAUGAUGCCAUGAUGGAUAAGAGACAAUACAAGGACUACCUACAAACCCAACAAGUAAGAGUUUCACAAAUAAUUGACAUGGUUGAAAAAUUGGAUAAACUGGAAGAAUGUCCAGGUUCACCUAAUGACAGUAGACCUCAAAUAAUUAAGGAAUUAGGAGCUCUCAGUCAACAAUUGUCUACCCUCAAAUCUCAUCUCUCAUCUGUUUCAAUGGAAUUGGAUAACUCAACUCAACAACUUCAAAGAGCAAAUGAUAGAUUGCCAAAAGUACAGGCAGACAAGCUUGAAUAUGCUAAAGCACGUAAAUUUAAGGAAGCUGCUCAAUGUAAAGAAGAAAGCGAUAAAUUAACCAAAUUGAUUCAGGAACUUGAAUCAAGUAUCCCAAGCUUAAAGCAAGAACAAACACAAUUGGAGGAACAAAAGCUAGGAUUGACCCAAGAACUUGAUGCUACCCACAACAGACUUGAACAAGUUGAUAAGGUGGAUUCUAAACGAUUCAUUAGAUUGUGUUUGAAGAGAAUAGAUUUCUUGGAAAAAAAUCGCGUAAAGCUUUUAGAAGUUGAAGCACCUGAACAACUCAAGUUGAGAUUUGAUGUUAUUGAUGAAUUAAUUGCUCUUUUCAAUUAUCAAGUUAGACAGCUUAAGUCAAUUAUUUCACUAUCAGAUGAGGAAUUGCUCGAAAUGAAAAAGUCAAUCAAUAGUCCAGAGGUACCAAAACCUAAAACUCCAGUUAUUGAAAAGGUUGAAGAGCAAUCUCCAAAUCAACAACAACAAGUCCAAGUUAAUGAAGUCAAAGUUGUUGAGGAAAAUUUAUCUCCAAAGGAUAAGCUUGUAAAAUUAGAAUCUAAUCUUGAAGAAUUGAAGAAAUCAGAAAGUAAGAUUAAUGACAAUAUCAAUGAUGCUUUAGAAAAGGAGCAAUUUGAUUUAUGUGAAGUUUUGGACCAACAAUUGGAAGAAACAAAGGUUAAGAUUGCAGAAGUCAAAACUAAAAUUGAAGAAUUGAAAUCUCAAAUUCCUCCUGAAGAACCAAAGGAAGAAAAGGUGGAAGAAGAGUUGGUAGAAGAAAAGGUUACUGAAAAGGAAGAAAAAGUAGAAGAAUCAACAGAAGCCGUUGCCACUACUACUGUUAGUGAGGCUCCACAAGAAGAAGAGCAACAUGUUGAAGAAUAUCAAACCUUCAAUGACAGUAACGAUAAUGAAGCAGUUGAGGAAUCAACCUCUUUCGAUUUUAUUAAAACUGAAGAAGAACCAGUUGAAGAAGUUGUUGAAGAAGCUAAGCAAGUUGAAGAACCAACUGAAGAGACAACUGAACCAUCAUCCUUCAAUUUUAUUUCUGAAGAGUCUCAAAAUGAAGAAGAACCAAAACAAGAGGAAUCGUCCUUUGAUUUUAUCGCAUCAGGAGAUGAAGAACCAACUGAACAAGUCCCAAUUAUUGAAUCAACUAUAGAACCAACUGAAUCAGAACCAGUUAGCGAAGAAAAAUCAUCGUUUGAUUUCAUUGCUGGAAAUGAGGAGGAAGAAAAAACUGAGAAUCAAGAAGAGUCAAGUUUUGAAUUUUUGAAUGAAUAA